AUGACAGAUGGAAACCAGGAGACUGACGACAUGGUAGAUGGAAACCAGGAGACUGACGACAUGGUAGAUGGAAACCAGGAGACUGACGACAUGGUAGAUGGAAACCAGGAGACUGGCGACAUGACAGAUGGAAACCAGGAGACUGACGACAUGGUAGAUGGAAACCAGGAGACUGGCGACAUGGUAGAUGGAAACCAAGAGACUGACGACAUGGUAGAUGGAAACCAGGAGACUGACGACAUGGUAGAUGGAAACCAGGAGACUGACGACAUGGUAGAUGGAAACCAAGAGACUGGCGACAUGACAGAUGGAAACCAGGAGACUGACGACAUGGUAGAUGGAAACCAGGAGACUGACGACAUGGUAGAUGGAAACCAGGAGACUGGCGACAUGGUAGAUGGAAACCAGGAGACUGACGACAUGGUAGAUGGAAACCAGGAGACUGGCGACAUGGUAGAUGGAAACCAGGAGACUGGCGACAUGGUAGAUGGAAACCAGGAGACUGACGACAUGGUAGAUGGAAACCAGGAGACUGACGACAUGGUAGAUGGAAACCAGGAGACUGGCGACAUGGUAGAUGGAAACCAGGAGACUGACGACAUGGUAGAUGGAAAGCAGGAGACUGACGACAUGGUAGAUGGAAACCAAGAGACUGGCGACAUGACAGAUGGAAACCAGGAGACUGACGACAUGGUAGAUGGAAACCAGGAGACUGGCGACAUGGUAGAUGGAAACCAGGAGACUGGCGACAUGGUAGAUGGAAACCAGGAGACUGACGACAUGGUAGAUGGAAACCAGGAGACUGACGACAUGGUAGAUGGAAACCAAGAGACUGGCGACAUGGUAGAUGGAAACCAAGAGACUGGCGACAUGGUAGAUGGAAACCAGGAGACUGACGACAUGGUAGAUGGAAACCAGGAGACUGACGACAUGGUAGAUGGAAACCAGGAGACUGACGACAUGGUAGAUGGAAACCAGGAGACUGACGACAUGGUAGAUGGAAACCAGGAGACUGACGACAUGGUAGAUGGAAACCAGGAGACUGACGACAUGGUAGAUGGAAACCAGGAGACUGGCGACAUGGUAGAUGGAAACCAGGAGACUGGCGACAUGGUAGAUGGAAACCAGGAGACUGACGACAUGGUAGAUGGAAAGCAGGAGACUGACGACAUGGUAGAUGGAAACCAAGAGACUGGCGACAUGGUAGAUGGAAACCAGGAGACUGGCGACAUGGUAGAUGGAAACCAGUAG